GAAUGGGGAGUAAAACCACUAUAUGUAAGGGAAGGCGGGUCAAUUCCUGCUAUUAAAUGGUUAGAAAAGAAGUUUAAUGCGGUUGUAGUUAAUUUACCUAUGGGUCAAUCAUCGGACCAAGCACACUUAGUAAACGAAAGAAUUAGAUUGCAAAAUUUAUACAAUGGUAAAAACAUCUUUAAAAAUUUGUUUAGAAAAUUGGGUGAAAGAGUGAUAUUUUAA